AUGAUUGCCAAUCGAGGAAUAACCAAUCCGACUUCUUCUUCUUCAUCGGAUUCGUCAUUUGCUUCACCUUCUCAUCAUCAGCAUGGAUUUGUCAUUGGAAAAACUCAAGAAUAUUUAAAGAGUAAAGGUUUUGGUUGGUUGAUGGAAGUGGAUGCCUCUACGGAAUCAAAAGAAAAUUUGUUGGGCGGAGAGAGUGUGGAACAGCCAUCCAUUAUGGAGGAAUUGGAUAUUGAUGUGAAUGAUAUCUUGUUUAAAGUGAAGAAGGUGAUGAUUCCUUUUGGAAAAUUUAGUGCCGAUGAUUUGAGUAAAUUGAGAGAGCCAGACUUUUGGGGACCUUUUUUCAUUGUUCUUGCAUAUGCAUUUCUUGUGGAAUUAACAUAUUUACAACUUCGUGCCAUCACUUGGAUGUAUUUAAUUUGGUUGGUUGGCUCGUGUCUGAUUUGGAUGUUGGGAAGAUUAUUUACGCCAUCAUCUGUUGAGGAGGCAAGAGCGUUGAAGAAUGUUAAAAAAGAUCACACUUCAUCGGAUUUUCAACCAUUGCCUUCAACAACUGAUAAUGCACAAUUUCCUUCCAGUAAUUUUGAAGAAGGUGCUUCCAAUGAUACCAAUUUGACAGCAGAGGGGGAGCAAAUUAUUGAAGUGGGAUACAGUCAAGUCAUGUCGUGUGUGGGUUAUUCUCUCAUUCCUCAUGUAUUGGCAUUACUGGUGUUGUUGGUGUGGAGACUCAUCUUUGGAAAGAGUUCCUUUAUGUUUUAUUAUGUUUCCUUGUUGUUGAAUUUGGCAUCAUUUGGAUGGUCGACUGUUUCAUGUCUCUAUUUAUUCACAGCAGAAAAUUAUUACCUUAACAAGAAGAGGAGAUUAUUGGUGGUGCCAAUUCUCUUGUUGUAUCUUUACUUUUUCUCGAUGCAAUCGGGAGUGUAA